ACGGCUUCAACAUAAAGUGUGGUUAUAUUUACAAAAUUGACAACAAAAAUAAUAGAAAAAUUAAAAUAUUCACUAGGUUUAAAUUGUCGAUGUUCUAGAAAAAAAAUCAUUAGUGACGUGUAAGUUCAAUAAAAAGUGUUAAGUUAUCAAGUCUACGAAAUGUCAGAUGAAACUGUACAUGAUGAUAUGUUGUUUCAUAUGCUUCAGGAAUGUAAAACACUUCCCAUAUUCAUGGACCAUAUAUUCGGUUUUCUGAAGAGAAGAACUGAUUUUUAUGUGGUCUCAACAGGCCCUACAUCUCCCGUAGGUCUACCGGCAGGAUAUGCAGAGAAAUUGGUUAAACAUAGUUUUGAUAAAUUUUCAAAUAUCCGCCAUAAUGCUACGAGCCAUGAGCAGAAGGCACCUAGUGAAAAGAAAGAAAAGAUAACUAGUACUUCAAAUAACUUAUUUGAUCCUUCCAAAAGUUACAACGGAGCAAGUUUUGAGAAAUACAGUUGGUCGCAGUUAUACAAUGAAGUCGAUCUCUUCUUGAAACUUCCUGAAAAUGUGAAAAGUCGCGAUUUGAUAGUACAAUCUACCUCGAAAAACAUUUGUGUGAAACUUAAAGAUGGAACAGUUCUUCUAAGCGGUGAUCUAUGUCAGUUUUGCAAAUUAGAUCCCAUCUGGUCAAUAGAUAAUGGUGAAUUACAAGUACAUUUUGAAAAAGUUAAAGAAAUUUGGUGGGACAGAUUUUUAACCUCGGAACCUAAGCUAGACAUUUCUAAGAUUGACUGUACUAAGCCAAUGGAAGAUCUACCAGAUGAUGCUCAGGCUAAAAUACAAGAGCUACAGUGGAAUCAAGAACAAAAGCGUUUGGGUCUUCCAACUUCUGAUGAAAUAAAAAACCUUAAUACCCUAAAGAAAGCUUGGAAUGCGGAAGGCUCUCCAUUUUCGGGGCCAUUUGAUCCAUCCAGCGUGUCAUUCAGUUAACUUUAAAUUUUAGCCUUUUUUUCAUUAUCUUAUUGGGUUAUGAAAGAUUUACAUUGUUUUAUUUUUACAAUUAUUUUUUCGAAUAUAAUUUGUGGGUUUUAAAUAAAGAGAUAAGUUUAACUAUA